AGCGGCGCCGGCCUCGGAGGCUGAGGAAAGCAGGAGGAGGUGGUGGCGGCGGGAAGAUGGCUCCUUCACCCACCAAACGCAAGGACCGCUCAGAUGAGAAGUCCAAGGAUCGCUCAAAAGAUAAAGGGGCCACCAAGGAGUCAAGUGAGAAGGAUCGCGGCAGGGACAAAACCCGAAAGAGGCGCAGUGCUUCCAGUGGUAGCAGCAGUACCAGAUCUCGGUCCAGCUCGACUUCCAGCUCAGGCUCCAGCACCAGCACUGGCUCAAGCAGUGGCUCCAGCUCUUCCUCAGCAUCCAGCCGCUCAGGAAGCUCCAGCACCUCCCGCAGCUCCAGCUCCAGCAGCUCUUCCGGCUCUCCAAGUCCUUCUCGGCGCAGACACGACAACAGGAGGCGCUCCCGCUCCAAAUCCAAACCACCUAAAAGAGAUGAAAAGGAGAGGAAAAGGCGGAGCCCAUCUCCUAAGCCCACCAAAGUGCAUAUUGGGAGACUCACCAGGAAUGUGACAAAGGAUCACAUCAUGGAGAUAUUUUCCACCUAUGGGAAAAUUAAAAUGAUUGACAUGCCCGUGGAAAGGAUGCAUCCCCAUCUGUCCAAAGGCUAUGCAUACGUAGAGUUUGAGAAUCCAGAUGAAGCUGAGAAGGCGCUGAAGCACAUGGAUGGAGGACAAAUCGAUGGCCAGGAGAUCACUGCCACUGCCGUGCUGGCCCCCUGGCCUAGGCCACCACCCAGGAGAUUUAGCCCUCCCAGGAGAAUGUUGCCACCACCGCCCAUGUGGCGCAGGUCUCCGCCACGGAUGAGGAGAAGGUCCCGCUCUCCGAGGCGCAGGUCCCCUGUGCGCCGGAGAUCACGCUCCCCGGGACGCCGCCGCCACAGGAGCCGCUCCAGCUCCAACUCCUCCCGAUAAACAGGCCACUGAAGCUCUCGCCCCUGUAACUUAUACCCCACCCCGCUCAGUUUUGUCACUUUUCUAGCCAAAGGAAGAUCAGUAGGAAAGCAAACCCUUCACUCGGGCAGAAUUUGCAGGCAGCAGUCAGCACCCCUCUGCCGGCCGGGCUCUGGCUGCAGAAGUGCUGUUGGUUUGGGUGUUGUGUGCCUGUCAAGAUUCCCUCCGGUUUUGUGGCUAGGAAGCUCGCCCGCUUCCAGUUUCUAAGAGUCAGUUCAGUGGCAGGGCCACCAGGGACAGGUGAGGCUCUGGGGGAUGGUGUGACCCUGCCUGCCUGGGAGCACACUUUUCCCUUCCCUAGUUACCUGAGAUGGUUGCCAGACUGUGCCCUUGCUGUUGCUGGGCGGUGUCCUUUUGGAAAGGGAGCCGUCCCGAGCUUUAGUGCAGCUGCCAACCCUGUUAGCCUCGGCCUCUUGAGGCCUCUUCCAACUUCAAGGGUCACACACCCCCAAAGAUCCUCUCACCUAUGGUAAUUGCUGUGCAUGGUUCUGUCUGUCCGUGCACCCAUGCACACACCCCACCCCACCAUCCUACUCUGAAAUUGGCGAGUGAGAGCCAGCUGUGCGGGAUCAUCAUGCAGCCAUGGUUGUGCCUGCCCUUCGUGGUGGUCUUUCAGGUUAUCUUGGCAACAUGUACAUUGCUUUUUUUUUUUUUUUUUGCUUUUUUGCUUUUAUUGUACAGUCAGUACUAUAAAAUUUCUCUUUGAGUUUUAUACCUUUGUAGCAUUUUAGAUGACAUUGUGUUUGUACUUUGUUGUGUAGAGUGGAAGAAUUGUGUUGAAUAAACCCAAGAUUGGAAUGCAGAUCUA